UAUUAGAUGGUGUAAGUCGGCUUUAGGUUUACGAGUUCCCGACUUCGGGCCGGAUACCCUUGUGAUAUAAACUGUGGGUCGCCGUGUUCUCGUUUUUUUUUUUCUUCCCCUCCAGUAAACGCCAGGAAGCAGACCGGGAGGAAACAACAUUUGUAAACAAUUCACCGAAUAAGACUACACAAUACCCCAGGAGAGUAUUUCCGAGAAUGAGUUAUGGAACACAAGCCGGCGGGCAUAAGGGGUUGUCCGGACCGGACCGGCACAACCCGGUCACAUCUAUGUCGCCGCCUGCCGUGCACCCUGACGGUGGCGAUGGCGACUUGACAUCCGCGCAGGAAUGCAGGAGCUAUAUGAGAUGUGCACGUGAAUUUUAUGAGAGGAACUUUGGGCUGUUCUUGGUGUUCUCGGCGCAAACUUUUGGCUCAGUGAUGAACACGGCGGCAAAGCUAUUGACAGCCAAAGAUUCGCCGAACCAGUUUCAUGCCCUACACAUCAUCUUUGUCCGCAUGUUAGCGACGGCCAUUUUGGGCACAUUGUACAUGUGGUAUAAGAAAGUCCCCAACUUCCCCAUGGGCCCGCGAAAUAUGUUUGGUUUGCUGGUCGCGCGUGGAACCUCUGGAUUCGUGGGGCUUUUCGGCCUGUACUACUCGCUCUCAUAUUUGGAAAUAUCAGAUGCUACCGCCAUAUCCUUCCUAGUGCCAACUUGGACUGCUUUUCUUUGCUAUAUCUGGCUACAUGAGCCAUAUCGCAUCCAAGAGGCGGUCUCGGGCCUCAUUUCCCUAGUUGGCGUUCUCCUUAUCGCGCGACCGGCAUUUCUGGUUAGAAAUCCAAGUGUGUCAGCGCCAGAUCUGGAAAAUUUUGCAGUGACGAUGUUCAUCGUAGACGGAUCUCUGGACAGCCCACCAGUCGUAGGCUCUCCUUCCUCACCGCGGCGGACGCUUGCUGUAAUCUGUUCUAUCCUUGGCACCUUCGCAGCCGCAACGGCUUACAGCACAAUCCGGGUCAUCGGUAAACGAGUCCAUUCGCUGAUUAGUGUAAACUAUUUUGCGGGAUUGUCAACGAUUGCCUCUGGCCUGAUUAUCCUAGUUCACCCAGACCUCCAAUUCAUCCUUCCCAGGGGAGCUCUGCAGUGGUCCCUAUUGCUCAUCAUCGGCAUAUCUGGAUUCCUUCUACAAUUUCUGUUGACCGAGGGACUACAACGAGAGAAAGGCGGUAGAGCGACGAAUAUGACGUAUUUUCAAAUGGUGCUAGCGCUUAUCAUCGAGCGAGUCAUCUGGGGAACGACACCACCGGUGCUGAGUCUCGUCGGUAGCGUUUUGAUUAUCGGCGCGGCGAUAUGGCUGAGUCUGCAAAAGGCCAAGCCAAACGAGGUAAAAGUAAGGACUGCUCCUAUUGAUGAGGAGACUAGCUUGCUGGGAUCCAGUAGGAGACAAGGUGAGGCAUAGCACACAUAAUAGGUACAUGACAUGAAGUUAGGACGAACAAUUAAAGAUAUUAUCCAUUUCAAUCCAUGUAUACACUGUUCCGAAUAAGAGGCGCAUUGGCGUGGCAUAUUGUACUUCAUUCGUAUCCAAGGGAGAUGAGUGACUGAUAAAAGCCUUUUUCAUUUUCAUUUUUUUUUUCUUCCCAAGCAUCUACACGUUGAUUUCAUCAUUACCGAGUCUCUGGGCUUUGAUGCUCAUAUGUAUCUAUAGAUAAUUGGCCGUCGGCAGGAAAUCCUUCGUAGGUA